UGGCAGACAAGCGACAGACAGGAGAGACAAGCCGCUACUGUCUUGUCUCUGAAUGUUGUGUGGUUGUCGCCGUACUCCCUAGCCGUACCUCUGUGAAGGAGUACAUGCUCGCACGUCCAGUGCACUACCGAAGUACUAGAAGGUGCUCUGUAGUAAGGCACACCUUGGACAGGGGGCAGCUGAGUAGGGCGAUACGCCAACUCACCGCUCAUUUCCAGGUUCGCGAUGGUUACUGGCGGUGGUAUUGGUGGUCAAGUGCGGCGUUGUCGGCGGUGCUGAACUUGAUCUGAUGGUUGCCCACGCUGGGCGAUGAUGUAAGUCG